CUUCCUUCCCUUCACCAUCUUCGAUUUGGAUUUACGAUUUUGUCAAUCUAAUCGAUUUGGGUAUUAUCUUCUCCGAUUCUCAUCAUCACGAAAGUUCAAAUCUUUCUCCGCCCUUCCUUCUCUCUUUCCCCCUUGUUUAAUUAAAAAAAAAGGAAUUUUUGAGAUAAAAGAGCAACCUUUCCAUGGCUGCAGCUAUGAGCGAGAAGGAAGCUAUGGUUGAUCCUUUCCUCGUCGAAGCUCUUCAGAACCCUCGUCAUCGUCUCACCAUUUUGCGUAUGGAGCUGGAUAUACAAAAGUUUUUUCAAAGCCCAGAGCAGCAACAAUACGAGUUCCCUCCAUAUCCAACCUCUUAUCUCCGUCUCGCUGCUCACCGUGUUGCUCACCAUUACGGUCUUUUCACCACUGCUUUAGACGGUGGUGCUUUAGACGGCUCUGAGAAUAGAAUCUUGGUGAGCAAGACUGUGGAGAGUAGAUACCCUUUUGUCUGUUUGUCUGAGAUUCCUGUGAAGCAGCCUGAGGUUAACGGUAGGAGGCCUCAAGGUUUCAAACUCGCCAUCAAGGCUAGGCCUGAUAGAGGAAGUGGUGGGGUAGGUGGUGGUUCAGGUGUGGAGAAGAAUCUUUUGAGGAGUGUUGAGGAGAGGAAAGAGGAGUAUGAGAAGGCUAGGGCGAGGAUCUUUAAUAGUCCUAAUAGCUCGGACUCUGAAGAUUCUUCGACACGAGUUGCUCCUACUCCUCCUCCUCCUGUUCAGACAAGACAUAACAACAGUAGACUCCCAACUAGAAACGAGACUGUGAAUUUUGUUGAUGUGGAGAGGGAUGGUGUUGUGAGAGAAUCAGGAAGGACCUCACGUGUCGCCAUUAUUAGAGAUAGAGAGAAGGAUCGUUAUGAUCCUGAUUAUGACCGGAACAGGUACGUGAGGGUUACGCCACCUGUACAAAACUUCAACCUGAUGCCAGUUCAGCUUCCGUUUCAUGAUGGAGUUUUCCCACAGAUGCCAAGAACUCAAGCCAAUCUAAACUAUGUGCAUCCUUUAAACCCGGCUAUGUCUUCUAGUAACGCACCUUCUUAUACAGAGUGGCCUAGUGCCACGAGGACUUAUGCACAGACAUUGAAUGCUUCAGACCCAAAUCUUUUCAGGCACCAGAAUCCCUGACCUUUGGUCCUGAUCAAACCCAUGUCUGUACGCUUUUUUAGAUGUAGACUUAGUUUUCUUAUCUCCUGUUCAUGUUGGAAACAUUUGCCGCAAAAGACAUUUUCACUCUUGUUGUUACAAAGUUAUAUUAACGUUAUCAAGCUUUUGCAUC